AUGGCGCUGGAGCGCUUUUUACAUCGUAUUAAGGCUCAGCCCAUCUUAGCUGCUGAUCCCAUAGUCUACGAGUUCCUCACCAAUGAGAAAGAGUGGAACGAGAAGGUCGAGGCCACCGAUUACCAGAAACGCUCAGCGUCCUGGCUAAAGCAGAAAAAGGCGCACUUGAAUGUGAAAACUGAGGACUCACGGAUACAGGAAAUGAAAGCCUACGUCGAGGAUCUGAGCGAGCAUUUGAAAGGCGUACUAAAAACGAGGAUCAAGAUAAAAGAGCAAAUCUUCGCCAGCAAGCAUGUUGCCUCCAGUUUUGCAAGAGUUAUCGGAGAAUUGAGUCAGGUCGAAGUGUCAGUGUCAAGCGAGAUUUCAGCACUCAAAGCUGCUUAUGUAGAAGCAGCGGGAGAAAUCGAAGCGAAUUCACGCGCCUUCGCCCAAUAUAAUAAAAAAGAAAACGAGCUGUCAAACGACUUGACGGAAUAUUUGAUGUACUGUGAAGCGAUUCAAGACCUAAUUACGCGUUACGAAAUCGUGCAGUGCCGUCAAGACGGUCACACAUCAAAAAAGAGAGCGCUUGAAAAAGAAAAGUAUGAGCUUGAAUCAGGUGGCGGGAAGAGUUUCUCUGCGAAGGGACUCAAGAGGGCCAUUUUGGGUGGUGGAGAGCAUCAAAGACUGCAGAGAAUCGCUGAGUUAGAAGUGAGGAUUAAAGAUCUCGAGAGCGACGUCAAAAAGCUUCAAUCGACAACAGCCUCCUUUGUGCACUCCACUUCCCAGCAAUUAGAGCAAUUUGAGUGGAUGAAAAAUCACGAAAUCGGGCGUAUCCUGCGUGACAUUUCUCAGCUCGAAACAGAAUUUAAUCAGGAAUCCGCGGAAGCCUGGCGGAGGGUCGAACACUGCUUCAAAAGCCCGCAACUUCGAAACCCUUCAAACGCUGCCGAAGUUGCUUUAGCAUCAUCCGAAUAA